GUGUCACGUGAUUUCAAAAUGGCGGACGUAAAAUGAGUGUACAAAGAGCUUUCCAGUGAUUUUUCCAAUAUGAGUCUAGAAAACCCCCUUUUGGGGAUGACAUGGUAUGACAGUGCAUGGGUCCCCCUCUUGAACCCGUCCAAUGUGCUGGACUAUUUCUGUGAACGGACCAAUCCUUUCUAUGACCAUACCUGUAAUAAUCAGAUCAUAAAGAGUCAACGCCUAAGUCAGGACCAGCUCAAUAAUAUGGUAGGGAUCGAGUUCAUUUUACUGCAUGUACAGGAACCAAUUCUUUAUGUGAUAAGAAAACAACACAGAUUUUCUCCUACCCAAGUAACUCCAUUAGCUGAUUAUUACAUUGUAAAUGGAGUGGUCCAUUUAGCCCCAGAUCUGUACUCAGUCAUCAAUUCCAGACUGUUAAACACUGUGUCAAGUUUACAGUCAGCAUUUGAUGAAGCGAUGUCCUAUUCCCGUUAUCAUCCAUCAAAAGGCUACUCCUGGGAGUUCUCAGACAGAGAUGAAACUGAGAAGAAGGAAUCAGCUGACAAAAAGAAAAAAGAGGAGCCGAGUUCUCUGUUUCAGCGACAUAGGGUGGAUAAUCUCCUUGGAGAACUAGCCAAGAAAUUUCCUCCCAAAAUCAUCCAGCCAGCUCAACCAGACACAAAAGAGGAGCCAGUUAAACAGGAAUCUGUCGUGAAGCAGGAGAUCAAGCAGGAAAAAGCCGAGGACAAAACAAACAGCAUCAAACCUCCUCCCGAAAAACGUGCAAAGCUGGCGAGGUGACGCCCGCUCGGGAGAUGACUUCUGCUCAGUGGUUGAUGUCCGCAUUGUUAACUACAGCUACAUGUAAUUGAGUGAAACUGAUGCUUUUAUGAGCUCUUUGAAUGAUGUGCAUGUUCAGAUGACAUUCAGAAUUCAGACUUACCAGUAUAAAGUUAUCUCAAUUUUAACGACAUUUUCUGAAACUUGGGAAAAAAGAAAAUCUAAUGGAACUAUCUCUGCUGUAAUUUAGAGCAAGUAAAAAAAAAUUUUUUUUAAAGUGAGGAAUGCAAAA